CGUUUUGAUGAUGGCGAUAAGUCCACUGAGGUUCUAUGGCGUCUCGCCAAGUUCUGUCACGAGCUUGCAUGUCGUACUUCUGACAAAUCAAAGAAGAAGGAACUAAUCUUUGAAGGUAAAAAAUUCGCCUUGGAAGGCCAUAACUCUGACCAAAGCGACUUUAAUGCUUUAAAAUGGGCUGCUAUCAUGACUGGUCAAUCAACGGAUUAUUUAGGAACGAAAGAAAAAAUUGAAGAAGGAGGGAAGUUCAAGAGUUUGCUUGACAAGGCUCUGUCUGUAGACGGAAAGGAAUUUUCUCUAAGACACAUGCGUGGGCGGUAUGCAUACUCUGUUGCGAGUCUUUCAUGGAUAGAGCGAAAGGCAAAAAUUCCUCAUGCCGCCGCUGUUUUCUACUCCACUCCGCCAACUGCUACAUUAGACGAGGCGUUGGAAGACUUUUUAUCAGCUUAUAAGGAAAGGCCAGAAUGGAUAGAGAAUUUAAUGUUUAUUGCACGCAUUUAUCUCGCAAAAGGUGACAAGAAGAACGCAAAGUCGUUCUUGAAUAAGAUACUAGCUACUACCCCUUCCGACGAGGCAGAACGCGAAAUGGUUCAAGAAGCGACAAAACUUCUUGCGAAAUGUUGA